AUGCAAACGUUCUCGUCUGUGCCCUGGUGGAGCCAUGCAAACCACCUCGUUGCCAUAGAAUUUCAGGGACGGAAAACAGUCCAUAUCGAAUUGGCUAAGCUCGAGAAGUACCCGCAGCUUUAUAUUCAUGUGACUUCUCCAGCACCAUCGUACAUCUACGGCCACGUCCACCAUGACAUGGGAUUUCACUACCGCGAGGAGCUCGGACCUAUGUACCUCGACUUGCGUACUGUACCCGGAGUUGCUGGACACAUGCUGUGGGAAUACUUGUCACAGGGAACGUUCACUCGCCUCCAGGGUAAUCCCUCUGACAAGAAGCAAGACGAAUACUUCAAAAGCAUUGUUCACGUGCAUGCUGUGGCAGACAGGUUUAACAUAGAUGGCCUUAGAUCGGAUACGGCGAAGGAGAUCUUCCGCAAGGCUCAAGGCAUGGGUCUGAUGGAGCUAGUCAAGCUCCUUGAAGAAGCGAACUAUCAUUCUAAAUCAUUCCCAAAAUUCUCCGAGUACUUGGAGAAACGGCUGAUUGGUUCCGCUUUGUCUUACGGUGAUGGAGACAGCCACAAGGCCUUUCCCGAACUAAGGACCCAACAAUCACUCUCACUCGCUCAGAUGCUGUUGAAAGCAAUCACGGAGAUAAGCGACGUGGGAUGCAUUGAUAUGGGCAAGAAUCUCUCCAAUUACCCUGUGAUCGAUAGAAUGAGGAUCGGCGAGAAACAUAUUGUUUCUGAGUUCCUUGGCGACAAAGAGACGAAGAAGCCCACAACAAUGUGGAUGAAACCGAGGAGUGAGACCAAGAGAACGGGCCAGUCGGUUGGUAGCCGACUUUUCAGUCCCGCGGCCAAGGAAGAGGAGAGAAGCGGGAUGAAAGACAAUCUCGGACAGCCGAUGCAGCGAGAGGCUUUGCCCCUACCAAGUUUCUAUUCUCCCAAUGAGCCCGCGUAUAUUCCUCCUUCCCUAUUUCUUCCUUCUUUGUCUCAUCAAGCUGAAAGCAAUGAAUUUCGGAUACCCGAACGCUACAGAUAUGGACCAAAGACUUGGACAUAUCAAGACCCCUCCUCCAGUACUCCCAGGGCAAAGACACAAUCAGAGCUGAACAUAGAUCGGGAGAGGGAGAUCAUGCGUCUACAAAAGAUUCGUCAACCAAACCAUCUGUUUAAACAACGACUGGCCGCGAAAGACCUGGAAGAGCGCGUGUCGAAGCUGGAACAGGAAGACUCGAAUAAGAAUUCGAGUCACCCAGCUACAUCAAGCGGUUUCUCGUCGCAACCAACCAAGACCACUGAGACGGGUACUCCAGGCGAGGCUAAAAAAUCUUGCAAUCAGCCAGUGACACCUAUCGGACCCGUGUUGAAAAUACCCGAGUACAGAGUGGUGCCCUACUUUGACGCGCCUUUGAAACCUUUCUCACCUGCCCCGGAUGCCAUGAAAGGUGACUCUGUUGAAGUUGAAGAGGCCAUCGAUUGGGUUUCGCCGUCGGAGAAAAAGGAUGCUAUGACUGGAUAUGUCUUUCUUUAA